AUGAAUUCUCCCAAAACUCGGUACUUGGUUUUCUUUCAGUACUUUGGGACUAAAUAUAGUGGUGUCAUGGAGACAUUGACUGAUCAGUCUGUGCUCGGUGUCCAGAAUUACUUGGAGCGGGCGGCACAGAAUCUCAGACCCGUCACUCCCAUCAAGUUCUACGUCUCCAGCCGAACGGACACCGGCGUCCAUGCCCUCUGCAACUCCGCUCACCUCGACGUCCAGAGAGCCGUCGGGAAGCCGCCUUUCUCUGAAAGCGUUAUUGUCUCCGCCCUCAAUUACCACUUGAAGCCCGAACCAAUCCGCAUUCUGAGUGCCUAUCAGGUGUCUGAUAACUUCCACGCACGCUUCUCCGCGUUGUCAAGAACCUAUGUUUAUCGGCUGGUGACAGGCUGCUCUCACCAUUCCCAAAUACCGGUGUUUGAAAGGGAUCUGUGCUGGGCUCCCAAGGGAGACCAUUUGAAUGUGCCUGCCAUGCAGGAAGCAGCAGGUUCCCUCCUAGGGACCCAUGACUUCAGCACCUUCCGCUCAGUCAGCUCUGAAAAACCUUUCAAAUCUCCCAUUAAAACCCUGGCCCAGGUAGACAUCCGACCCUCUUCUGGCUUCAUGUCGCAUCACUAUGAAUACAGGGGACUGCAGUUCUGGGAGCUAGAAUUCAAGAGCAGAUCAUUCCUCUACAGGCAGGUACGAAGGAUGGCAGGGGCUCUGGUAGCAGUUGGCCAAGGCAGGCUGGCUUCUUAUCACAUAAAGGAACUAUUAGAGAUUAGAGACUCGCUGGCUUAUCCACAAAACACCAUGGCUCCAGCAGCUGGACUCUUCCUGAAAUCUGUGAAGUAUGACGACGCUGACGUGGACACAGAAGGUAACGCAGCAAAAUAGCGGCCCUGUGAGACGUGCAGCUGUGCCUGAA